GAACAGUUUUUUAGAUGGCGAUCAUUGGUACUGUCAAUUCUAGUUUGUCUUCGCUGAGUUAUAACUAGAUAGCUUAACUGCUAUAACUUGCUACCGCUGCUGUGCUGUGCUGUGUAUAUAUCUCUAGUUUCUUUAUAAAUUGGUGUGUGAUAGUACGCGCGAUUCAAACAGAAAAGGCCAAAAGCAUUUUAAAAAAAGAGUAUCGUAUAUUUACUAGAUUCAAUCAAUUUGAAACAGCGCAUAGACACCACAACUGAUUCAACACAAGCUGAACACAUUUCAGAGAUAAUCUAUGGAACAAACGACGACGACAAAAUUGAGGCAAUUUUAAAAGGGAUCGCUGGCGAAACGAAGACAUUUUGACUAUCGAAAAAACAACGAAAUCAUUGGACAUUUCAGUCGCACCACAUUGGGGAAAAAGAGAUAAAUUGAAAACACAAUUUGUUUACAUUUUUGAUCUGUUUGUCAAUACUCAGCUAAGAAAAUCUCAUUGAGUCGUUCAUUGAGAAGAUCGGCAAAACACACAAAUUGCAUUGCAUUGAGAAUCCGAAAGUCGGCUUAAUUUUUAAAGAAACACAAAGAUAGACAUUUGUCGUCUUUUUAUUCAAUAAAAGUGGAGCACACAAAGAAAAACACGAUGGCAUUUGCUGGACUGAAGAAACAAAUUAAUAAAGCUAAUCAGUAUGUUACCGAGAAAAUGGGUGGCGCUGAGGGUACUAAACUAGAUUUAGAUUUUAUGGACAUGGAGAGGAAAACUGACGUAACAAAUGAGUUGGUUGAGGAGAUACAAAUCAAAACCAAAGAAUUCCUUCAGCCGAAUCCAACAGCACGAGCUAAAAUGGCUGCCGUAAAAGGGAUAUCGAAGUUGUCUGGCCAAGCUAAAAGCAACACCUAUCCACAACCAGAAGGUUUACUCUCCGAUUGCAUGCUUAUGUAUGGCAAAAAGCUCGGUGAUAAUAGUAUUUUUGCGGAAGCUCUAAUUGAAAUGGGUGAAUCAUUGAGACAAAUGGCUGAUAUAAAAUACUCACUUGAUGAUAAUAUCAAACAAAAUUUCCUCGAACCAUUGCAUCAUUUACAAACGAAAGAUCUGAAGGAAGUUAUGCAUCACCGUAAAAAAUUGCAAGGACGGCGUUUGGAUUAUGAUUGCAAACGACGUAGACAAGCAAAAGGAUCUCAUAUUACAGACGAUGAAAUACGUGGUGCCGAGGAGAAAUUUGCAGAGUCAUUACAUUUAGCCCAAUUGGGAAUGUACAACUUGUUGGAAAAUGAUGUGGAACAAGUUUCGCAGAUGUACACAUUUUCUGAAGCAUUACUGGAAUAUCAUCAACAGUGUGCUGAUAUUUUGAAGGGAUUAGUUGAAACACUUCAAAUAAAGCGUGAUGAGGCUGCAAGCCGUCCAAAGGGCGAAUUCGUACCGAAAACAUUGGCCGAAUUGAAUAUUGAGGGUGUUGGUGUCGGUGUCGUUGGAUCCGAUGGGCUAGGAAAUGGUGGGCGUUAUUUCUCAUCCAAUUCACAUAAAAUGAAUCAUCAAAGUAGCAAUACCAAAUUCAACAACAAUCACAAAAAUUACGAAAGCAGUAAAAACAAUUUAUUCAAUAAUAAAACAAACAAUAGCAUUAGCAAUAGUAACAACAACAAUCAGUACAAUAUGUUCAGCUCACAGCAGAAUUUGGCGAAAACAAAUAUCAUUCAUAGCAGUAAUUUUGCGAGAAGUCGAACAUACGGUUCACAGCAAAGCCUAUCGACCGCCUCAAAUCACUCAUCAUCGUCGUCGCACCGUACAAACAAUAAUAACGAUUUAUUAUUGAAUUUCAAUAGUACAACAAUGACAAAUAGCCAUACAAACAACAUAAACAAUUGCAAUUCAACGAAUAAUAUGUUGUUAAGUGAUAUGAGUGCGAUACCAACGGAUGUAUGGGCAAAUGCAUGGAAUUCCCCGCCGUCAGUAACACGGACGCCAAAUCCAGUUCAGUUCCCAUCCGCAAAUAUGUCAAAUAUGGCAAUGCAUGCCACUCAAUCAAAUCACAUCACCACCACCACAACGACAUCGAAUAGAAAUCAUUUUAGUAAUUUUAAUAAUCAAAAUGGUCACAUCAACGAUCCGUGGACAGGCACAAAGCAAACAAUGGAGUCAACAUGGGGAUAUGAAUGCAGCUUUCUUCCAUCACCUUUGCCAUCACCAAUGCGGUCUCCAGCAAAAACUCCAUUGCCGCAACAACCACAACAACAACGUCCUUCCGGACCAUGCUGCUCUGCACUUUACGAUUUUGAUCCAGAAAAUCCAGGAGAAUUGGGAUUCAAAGAAAAUGAUAUAAUUCAAUUACUGAAUCGUGUUGAUGAAAAUUGGUAUGAGGGUAGCGUCAACGGUCGAACUGGUUACUUCCCUCAGACAUAUGUUCAAGUCAUUACCCCGUUGCCAUAAACAAUCUAACGUCAUUAUUUGUUUAAUUUAAAGAAUCGUUUUGCGCUUCGUUUAUUCAAAAAAAUACAAACAAAAUUUAGCAACAAAAAAAAAGAAGUAAAGCGAAUAUAAAUACAACCAAGAAUGAAAUUAAAGUUUAGCUGAAGCCACGAAACGUAGAGAAAAAAAAAGAAAAAUCAAAUAAGGAAUCAACAUUAAACCGAGAUGCAGUGCAAAUAUGUAUACAAUAUACCAUACAAGAUAUGAAAACGUAUGCUGAAAGAUGGCCAUCAAUACCAAAAAAAGAAGAAGAUUGAAGACAAACUUAAUUACCAUCGUAUGUGAACAGAAUUAAACAGUUACGGUGUGCAAAGCCGAAAUGCAAAUUUAUGGAAAUUGUUUCGAUGAACACUUUCCAUACGAAAUCACAUCAAAAUUCAUACAAUUAUCGAACAGUCUAACAAACCAAGUAACAAGGGAAAAUAUUCUGGAUUUUGUUUCCUUCGCUCGAAAUAUGUCAAAGAGACGACAAUUUAUCACUUCAUAUUACUUGUUUCACAAGAAAUUCGUUAAGUUGGACGUGAGAUCAUUUGCAUAAAACAAAUAUAUUUAAAAGAAAAACGAGAGAAAUAGAAUGAGUGAAAAAAAAGAUACACAGAUGACAAUGAUUGAAUGAAGCAGUAAUGUUUGCAUGAUGUGCCUAUGCACCCUUCACUUCCACUUUAUUAACAUUCAAAACAAUAGUUACGAGGAGAUUUGCUGUUGCUGACACACACCCACACACAUACACAUAUACAUCCAUAAGACAGACACACGCGCGCGAAUGUCUCAACUGAUUUCGUAUUUAUAAACGUCAUGUUGUUCGUGCUAAGCAUGAGAUGAUUGGCAAUCGCACUUAAUCGUAUCUGCAACUGGACUUGCGAAUGUAAUUCGAUUUCAAAUUUCGGGAAUGUAUUCCUAGAAAAUGCGCGAUUAAACGAACAACAACAAUAUGAACUCGAACAAUAAUGAUGAUUGAACAAAUUAAAACCUUUGAUAUUUCAUGUGUAUUUUUUGUUUUUGAAGAAAAAAAUCGAUUUUAAAAUUGUACAUAUUUUUAUUACUUUAAUUUUGUUUAGAUUAUAAUCAAAUAUACUGAUAUUUUAUACCUUU